AUGGCUUCACAGCAACCUUCUCAGUUUCCUCCGCCAUCUAGGGCGACAUGGCGGCCCUUAUUUCAAUCCCAUAUUUCAAAGCUGGUUUCACCAGAGUUCUCUUUGUCAACUGUACAUAGAGACAGCAGCGGCGUUAUACACCCCCGUGUGCGCACAUGCAUCUUCCGUGGCUUUUGGACAGAGCUACGCUUGGGAGAAGCCGCCAAACACCAGCUUCUAGAGGAUGGAAACACUUCUAAUGAGCGUGGAAUAAACCCAAAUACUUACGAAAGUGAUCUUUUGACCUUUACCACCGAUGUCAGGAUGGAAAAGAUUGCUCAGAUAUUCUCAUCCUCAGAUGGAAGCCGUAGUGGUGUUGAAAGUGGAGGUGGUGGGAGAGUUGAGGCAGUCUUUUGGAUCAAAGAUGUGAUGACGCAGUGGAGAAUUAAGGGUCGGGCAUUUAUCGUUGGCGGUGAUGACGAUGACCCAGACGAACUGAAGGCCCGAGAAGACAUUUGGCCGUGGGUACGACGACGAGAAGAUAGCGUGGAUGAAGAUACGAAGAGAUGGAGUUGGGAUAAGGAGAUCACGGCACAUUUUGCGAAUUUGAGUCCAACGAUGAGAGGCUCUUUCAAAAAUCCGCCACCUGGGACUCCAAUGUCAGAACUACCAGCAAAUCCAUUGCUCAAGCUAGGUCAAAUGGUGGAUGACCUUCACGACCCUAUAGCAAGAGCAAAUUUCCGUGUUAUCGUCAUUGUACCCGAAGAGGUUGAAAAGGUCGAUUUAAAUUCUCCAGAGGAAGCAAAGAGGGUUCAGUGGACUUUAACCCAACUGAAGGCAGAGAUAGACGCUAAUGUGCCUAGUCCCGGUUACAAAUAUGGAACUUGGAAGGCUAUCGAUCUUUGGCCUUGA